AUGUCUCGAGCGCCCGCCCAGCAGGGAAGCGGCUCCCGCAAGAUCUCCUUCAACGUCUCGGAGCAAUAUGACAUUCAAGAUGUGGUCGGCGAAGGCGCAUACGGUGUCGUUUGCUCCGCUCUGCACAAGCCCUCGGGCCAGAAGGUCGCCAUCAAGAAGAUCACACCCUUUGAUCACUCCAUGUUCUGCCUGCGCACGCUGCGUGAGAUGAAGCUGCUGCGCUACUUCAACCACGAGAACAUCAUCUCCAUCCUCGACAUCCAAAAGCCACGCAACUACGAGAGCUUCUCCGAAGUCUACCUCAUCCAGGAGCUCAUGGAAACCGACAUGCACCGCGUCAUUCGCACUCAAGAGCUAUCAGACGACCACUGCCAGUACUUCAUCUACCAGACCCUCCGCGCACUCAAGGCCAUGCACUCGGCCAACGUCCUGCAUCGCGACCUGAAACCGUCCAACCUUCUGCUGAACGCUAACUGCGACCUGAAGGUCUGCGAUUUCGGCCUUGCCCGAUCAGCAGCCAGCACCGAGGACAACCAGGGUUUCAUGACCGAAUACGUGGCGACUCGAUGGUAUCGUGCACCCGAGAUCAUGCUCACGUUCAAGGAGUACACCAAGGCGAUCGAUGUCUGGUCUGUGGGAUGCAUUCUGGCUGAGAUGCUCAGCGGCAAGCCUCUCUUCCCUGGCAAGGAUUACCAUCAUCAGCUCACACUCAUUCUUGAUGUUCUUGGCACGCCGACCAUGGAGGACUACUAUGGCAUCAAGUCGAGGCGUGCGAGAGAGUACAUUCGGAGUCUACCAUUCAAGAAGAAGAUCCCGUGGAAGGCGAUGUUCCCCAAGACGUCCGACCUCGCACUCGACCUGCUGGAGCGACUGCUUGCAUUCAACCCAGUCAAGCGUAUCAGCGUGGAGGAUGCCCUCAAGCAUCCAUACCUCGAGCCAUACCACGACCCUGAAGACGAGCCGACGGCAGAUCCCAUCCCAGAGGAGUUUUUUGAUUUCGACAAGAGCAAGGACAACCUGUCCAAGGAGCAGCUGAAGCGUCUGAUUUACGAGGAGAUUAUGCGGUAA